CCGCUGGAGGAAACCGAAAUUAUGCAAAAUCCGGAGGGUGCUAACACCUUCACUCUGCUCCACCGCACUUUGAAUAUGUGCACCAAUUCGAUGCAAUAUAACAUGAUGUUCGAUAUCGUCAACGACUUGUUGCUCUACGUUGAGCCUCAGCAGAAGGUACCCCUCCCCCUCAAUUCCUGUUCCACUCUCCUGGAUGAACCGCAGUUGAAGGUGGCCAUACUGCGUGAUCAGGAGAGUCUGCGUUCCAUGGUAAACUACCAGAGGCAGUUGGAGCGAGAGCUGUGGUCCAUGUUGCGAGAAGUCGAUCAGAAACUGCACGGCCUCUCAACUGCAGUGCGACCAGCCUCUGCGCAAGCUAGUUACCGCCCUCCUCCUCCCUUGUCGGCGGAUUCAGCAGGUGCGGCCCUACUUGUUCGCUUCGACGCCGGUGACCUGCCCCCCACCCUGGCACACGAUGUUGCGCACAUCUUGGCCUUUGAGGAGAGCAUUAACCAGCUAAAAGCCAGCAUAGUGGAAAUGAACUCUCUCCUGUCCCAAAGUAUUGCCUACUAUCAGCAACUGCGUGUCCAGUCUCAGCGAAAACGUCUGCAGUUCGCCAUGUCUGGCCACGAAGAAGCCGUAAACGGAGGUACUGUUUCCGCACGCAUGAUAUUUUGA